UAUCAAAGAGUCUCCUUUCCAUCAUCCAACUUCUUCUCCCUUUCUUCUUGCUCCCACUUUGCUAGCUAUGGUCUUCUUCUAGGUCUUCUGAUCAGUUCUCUUCUGGUGUACUAGAAAUUUCCCCAUAUGAAAGCUAGCAACUUUGGAGACAAAUGAACAUGGAAUGGCCAGGAAGAGGAAGAUCAUUUGGGUCCAGCAGGAAGGGCAAGAGAUCAGCCGGAAACAGCGGCUCCGACAAGCCAAAGCAGCCGCAGCGAGGGCUCGGCGUUGCGCAGCUCGAGAAGAUCAGGAUUCAGAGCGAAAUGGCAGCCGGCUACCUGCAGAAUCCUCCUCUUGGCCAGCCACCUCCGAUCCAUGGAAUUGACAGCCUCAACCUGCAGGAAGAUGCACGGUCAUCUAACUCGCUGUCAUCGUCUCCAUCGUCCUCCUUCCCUGCCAACAUCAACUCCUAUCCCAUCCACCCCAAUUUAGCGAUGGCCUAUGGAGGGAGCAGAUCAGGAGAUAUCAGAUACGGCGAAUUCCAAUCAACGAGUCCCAUCAUCAGGUCACCGCCUAACCAUGAAGCUAUAUAUGGAGCUGCAGCUCAUUACUCUCAUCCCAGCAGCGACCACACAUUGCCUCUCUUCGAACCUGAGGAAUCCAUUUACUUAAGGAGACACUACGGCCUAAACCAACCGGUAGAUCACUCUAUGAACUCAGAUGAUCCUGAAGAAGUAGACCUUGAGCUCAAGCUAUGAUCAUCUUCAGUGGAUAUUGUAUCAUGUGGCUACCUGCUAAUUAAUCUCAGUUAACCUAGCUCUCCCUACUGAUUUAUUGAUGCAUGCAUGCCUCAAAAACUUUAAGUAUUCUUGCAGUAUAUUAUGAUCACUGUGAUGUAAUGCAUGCAUGAUCAAGGGAGCAAUGAACAAGAUAAGAAGCACACAUGACACACAUCGAAGAAAUUUCUUUAAAGCAGGUAGCACUGUACUGCAGUGUGUCGACGUUGAGUUACGAAACCGAGUGCCGGAAUUUGGUUAGUUAUGAUUUGUAGAACUUGUAAAACUUGAUUUGGAGUGUAUAUACAGUUCAGUUCUUCUGAAAGUCAUCCAUGGAUAUAUGAUGAUGAUGCUGUGGGGAGUUUCUCUACAUUUUCUAAUUUUUUUUUGGUGGAUACAUAUAUGUACUGUAUAAUAAUGAUAUGAUGGAGAUGCUGCAAAAAUUCGAUA